UACCAUUGCGGAAGAGUGCGAAUAUGUUAAUGGGAAAAUGAAAACACCUGUCUUGUUUUUCAUUAAACGCAGCAUUCUUAAAGGAAAAUGAAUGCUCUGCCAAUAUUGCUUGCUCUUCUGAGUUUUUCAGUGACGGGCGAAUGUCAGGAAGAAAACUUCAAAUUUAAGAAUUUAGGCAUCAAGAAUCGGACGGUGACAUCUAAAGAAUGGCUCAAGUACAAAAAGGACCCGUCAAACUGGAAGCCCAAAGUUGACUAUGUCUACCAUAAAUCCACCAAGCCUCAAGAUCAGAGCGCUGGAAUUAGCUACGACGUUGGAAUUUCAAUGCAAAUCACUGGUGGAAUGAGAGCGCGGCAAAAGAUGUUUCCCUGGCAAAUCUUGCUACUUGCUACUGAAGGUUGGUUGUGCGGAGGUUCACUUAUUUCUUCCGAAUGGGUCAUGACUGCGGCUCAUUGUGUUGAUGGUGCCUCAAGUGUUGUCAUCUAUGCGGGUGGAAUUGAUCAGAAAAAUAAGCAAGAAAAAAACGAGCAGAGAUACAGUUCAGCGACAUUAAUUAAGCACGAAAAUUAUGAUGCAAACUUGACCCAAAAUGACAUUGCAUUGGUUAAAGUUUUAUUCACCCUAGAUAAAUUUGUCAAUUUGAUUCGCCUGCCGAAAUAUUCUGACGCUACUAACGCAUUUGACAACAAGAAAGUCCUACUUGCUGGAUAUGGACAAACUGCCGACGUGGGAGCAUCCAGUAGAUAUAUGAUGUACAAUUUUAUGAAAACGAUUACGAACACUGAAUGUGCGCUGCUUUAUGCACCCGAAUAUGUGACCAGCUCAAUCAUUUGCACGGGACCUGAUAAGAAAAAGUCAGCAUGCUACGGUGAUAGCGGAGGCGCUUUGAACGUUCAAGAAAAAGAUAAAAAGUAUACCGCAAUAGGAAUUGUGUCCUCUGGACCCGAUCUCUGCAUCAACUUCAUCUCAACCUACACCAGAGUGACCAGCUUUUUGGGAUGGAUUUCUGAGAAAACUGGAAUUCAAAUUCUAGCGUGAUCCUCUGCUAAGCUAAUCUGUUUUUAUUAUAUUUAAAAUGAAAAAAAUUUCGAACGAAAUUUAUUAAAUUUUCCUUCCUUUUUUAACGUUUUGUAUUUUUAAUUGAUUUAAUUUUUUUUAUCAUUUCUUAUAAUGUAUGAUGUUUCUUACUUCAAAUGGACAGAGAUUGGCUCUCAUGAUACACUCUCAUUUUAGACUAAAUUUAUGUAAUUGCUUCAGAACAAUCAUGUCAAUGACCUGAGAGGGAGAUCAGCCCUUGAGAUUUAGAAGUCCUGACGCCACCGCUGGUGCCAUUCCCAAGAGGGAAAGACAAAUAACUGCUAUAAACUUUGCACAUUUUAAGUAUCUGUACUAUUUAUAAUUUAGAAAAGUUUUGAAAACAUUAAUAAAACGAUUUA